UCCCGACUGGGAGAGGUCAGGGAGCCGCGGGCCCUGGUGUGACCUGAGCGUCCCGGUUGCCCCGGGCGACGCCGCGGCUGGCUCGCUGGGGAGUUUGCGCAGCGGCUGCUGGACCCGCCGGGCCCCUACUCUCCCGCGGCUACACAGUGCGUCACGCUCGCCCGCAUCCGUCCCCGCGUCGUGCAACGUUAUACUGCAAGUCAGUCAAUACCAUCAUUUAAGUCACUUUAUAAUGGAAAAGUAUGAAAAACUGGCAAAGAUUGGAGAAGGCUCUUAUGGGGUUGUGUUCAAAUGCAGAAAUAAAUCCUCUGGACAAGUAGUAGCUAUUAAAAAAUUUGUGGAAUCUGAAGAUGAUCCUGUUGUUAAAAAAAUAGCACUGAGAGAAAUACAUAUGUUGAAGCAAUUGAAACACCCAAACCUUGUGAACCUCAUCGAGGUGUUCAGGAGAAAAAGGAAAAUGCAUUUAGUUUUUGAGUACUGUGAUCACACACUGUUAAAUGAGCUGGAAAGAAACCCAAAUGGUGUGGCUGACAGAGUCAUCAAAAGUGUGUUAUGGCAAACACUCCAAGCUCUUCAUUUCUGUCACAAACAUAACUGUAUUCACCGAGAUGUAAAACCUGAAAACAUCUUGAUAACCAAGCAAGGAAUGAUCAAGAUUUGUGACUUUGGAUUUGCGAGAAUUCUGAUUCCAGGAGAUGCCUACACUGACUAUGUUGCCACCAGAUGGUACAGAGCCCCUGAACUUCUUGUGGGAGACACGAAGUAUGGCUCCUCUGUGGAUGUGUGGGCCGUUGGCUGUGUUUUCACAGAGCUCCUGACUGGUCAACCACUCUGGCCAGGAAAAUCAGAUGUGGACCAGCUUUAUCUGAUAAUCAGAACACUGGGAAAACUAAUCCCAAGACAUCAAUCUAUCUUUAAAAGUAACCAGUUUUUCCGUGGCAUCAGCAUCCCUGAACCAGAAGACAUGGAAACUCUCGAAGAAAAAUUCUCAAAUGCUCAGCCUAUGGCUUUAAGUUUCAUGAAGGGGUGUCUGAAGAUGAACCCAGAUGACAGAUUGACCUGUGCCCAGCUCCUGGAGAGUGCCUACUUUGACUCUUUUCAAGAAGAUCAAAUGAAAAGAAAAGCACGAAAUGAGGGAAGAAGCAGAAGGCAUCAGCAGAAUCAACUGUUGCCUCUCAUACCUGGAAGCCACACCUCCUCCACACCUGAUGGAAGAAAGCAAGCCCUCCAGUUAAAAUUUGAUCAUCUUCCAAGCAUUUAGGAAAAACAUUCUUUCAAGUGAAGUCAUUUAAUAUGUACAUAUUUUUGUUCAAGAUAGGAAUCCUUGGAGCUUCAAAUGCAAAUGAGCAAUAUGAAAAUGAAGACGCCUUCUAGAACUGUUUUGUUCUCAUCAUCCCUGAUUCCUUCCCCUGUGCUUUUCCCAUGCCAACUUUAUCUCCUACAACAUUCUCUUUAAAUGUUUAAAUGUGCCUGUGGAGGAGACAUUUUCCAUUUCAUCAGAGCAGUGCCUCCUUAGGCAGUUGAUACUGAGACUCUGUGGUUUACACUGAUUUAUGAACAAGAUUUCCAUAUAGCAUCCCACUUCAGCUGACCACAUAAUGCCUCUCUGAGCAGCAUCAGCUCUGCUGGCUGCUGUUUGCAUAGGGAUGGCAUUACACGCACACUGGCUUCUGAGUGCUCAGCAUAACCAGGUCUGCUGAGGAGCGCUCCUGCUUCAUUCUGCAUUCUCAUAUUGUAUAGCAAGGGAAGCUUUAAAGGUUGUCUAGGCUCACUUACCUCUCAACUCGGGGCAGACUCUCCUCUCACUGUCUCACAAGAACAUUGGUGCUUCAACUUCUGAAGCUAGCUGGAGAAAAUUCCAUUCAUGGCCUGCAGUGGACACACGACAAGCCAUCACCCACUGUGUGACAAUAGUACCUUUGAAUCACUGGCUGGCUGCCCACUCGAAUGUUGUCCUUGAUAUAGCAUUGAAUUUUAAUUUUAAAAUUAAUGUGUGUGUAUUCAUAAGAGAGAGAGAGAAGACAGACAGACAAACACAGAGACAGGACAACUUUUGGGGAGUUGGUUCUCUUUUUCUACAUUGUUGAGGCAGAGUUUCUCUCAUUCUAUGUAUUCCAAGGCAGCUGACCCAUGAGCUUCCAAACUUCACACUGAUUCUCCUGUCUCAGCUCCCAUCUUGCCAUAGGACUACUGGGAUUAUUGAUGUCCACCACUGCAACCAGGUUUUUUUUAAACAAGUGUUUGGGGAAUUGAACUCAGAUUGUCAGGCUUGCACAGGGCCAUCUCUCUGACCUGGUACAUCAUAAUUUCUUACCCCUUUCUCCUGGCUAAAUUAUCUCAGUAUCUAAACUGAUUGACCUGGGAGUGAUGUGGGAACAGAUCACUGCCAGCAGCCAGCACUUUUUCCCAAGCAUUGACAUCCAUGAACUUGUAUGGCCGUAAACUACUGAGUACCCUGUGAUCAGGCAGAGCUUGUUAAGUCUUAAAGGAUGAUUAUCUUUCAGUUAAUCUCUCUCUCUCUCUCUCUCUCUCUCUCUCUCUCUCUCUCUCUCUGUGUGUGUGUGUGUGUGUGUGUGUGUGUGUGAUUCUGAAGCAUCGUAGUAAGAUGACUUUUUUUUAGUAAGAUGACUAUUAUCCUAAACAUCUAAAAAUGAAACAGAAUAGUUGAAAGAACUUUGAAUUCGAAAACAAAACUUGCAUGUAAAUAAUAACACAGAGCCAGCUGUCACUGUAAAAGACCCCAAACUGUGACAUUCCCACCAGUAACAUCUAAGAGGAAUUUAUUAGCUUAGUGUGGUGGCAUAUGCCUGUAAUUCCAGCACCUGGGAGUUAGAGGCAGAAUUAGAGGUUCAAGGUUAUCAUUGGCUACAUAGCAAGUUUAAGGCCAGCCUGGGCUAUUGAGACUCUGUCUCAUAAAAGCAGGGUGGGCACACAGGAAAGAUGGUUCAGUAG